AAGACCCUGUGGAAAUCCUUGAAAUUUAAUUUCUGGAGUGCACCCAAGAGACCAUCAAAAUGUCAGGAGCUUCUGUAAAAGUAGCUGUUCGGGUCAGACCUUUUAAUUCCCGAGAGACCAGCAAAGAGUCCAAAUGCAUCAUCCAAAUGCAAGGAAAUUCAACCAGUAUCCUGAAUCCAAAGAAUCCGAAAGAAGCACCCAAAUCCUUCAGCUUUGACUAUUCGUACUGGUCCCACACCUCGUCUGAGGAUCCUUGCUUCGCCUCUCAAAACCGUGUCUACAAUGACAUCGGGAAAGAAAUGCUGCUCCACGCCUUUGAAGGCUACAACGUCUGCAUCUUUGCAUAUGGCCAAACCGGAGCGGGAAAAUCUUACACCAUGAUGGGGAAGCAGGAGGAGAACCAGGCAGGGAUCAUCCCACAGCUGUGCGAAGAGCUCUUUGAGAAGAUCAACGACAACAGCAACGAGGAAAUAUCUUACUCUGUGGAGGUCAGUUACAUGGAGAUCUAUUGCGAGAGAGUCCGAGAUUUGCUGAACCCCAAAAACAAAGGGAAUUUGCGGGUCCGGGAACACCCACUGCUUGGGCCUUACGUAGAAGACCUGUCCAAGCUUGCGGUCACUUCUUACACCGAUAUUGCAGACCUCAUGGACGCUGGGAAUAAAGCGAGGACGGUAGCAGCUACCAACAUGAACGAGACCAGCAGCCGUUCUCAUGCUGUCUUUACCAUCGUUUUCACUCAGAAGAAACUCGAUGUUGAAACAAACCUUUCCACUGAGAAGGUUAGCAAAAUCAGCCUGGUGGAUCUCGCCGGGAGUGAGAGAGCGGAUUCUACUGGGGCCAAAGGGACUCGACUAAAGGAAGGGGCAAACAUCAACAAGUCCCUCACCACGCUGGGGAAAGUGAUUUCGGCCUUGGCAGAAGUGGAUAACUGCACCAGCAAGAGUAAGAAGAAAAAGAAAACGGAUUUUAUUCCGUACAGGGAUUCUGUGCUGACCUGGCUGCUUCGGGAAAACCUAGGUGGCAACUCCAGAACUGCCAUGGUGGCUGCUUUGAGCCCAGCAGACAUAAACUAUGACGAAACCUUAAGCACAUUAAGAUACGCAGACCGGGCCAAGCAGAUCAAAUGCAAUGCAGUGAUCAACGAGGAUCCCAACGCCAAGCUGGUACGGGAGCUGAAGGAAGAAGUCACACGGCUCAAAGAUCUACUUCGCGCUCAAGGGCUUGGAGACAUCAUUGACAUUGAUCCCCUGGACGAUUUCUCGGGAGGUGGAUGCAAAUAUCUGAAAGAUUUUCAGAACAAUAAGCACAGAUACUUGUUAGCCUCCGAGAAUCAACGUCCUGGCCAUUUUUCCACAGCAUCCAUGGGCUCGCUCACUGCAUCUCCAUCUUCCUGCUCUCUCAGUAGUCAGGUGGGCUUAACUGCCGUCUCCAGCAUCCAAGAACGGAUCAUGUCCACGCCCGGAGGAGAGGAAGCCAUUGAACGUCUGAAGGAAUCUGAGAAAAUCAUUGCAGAGCUGAAUGAAACCUGGGAGGAGAAAUUGAGGAAGACCGAAGCAAUUCGGAUGGAGAGGGAAGCGCUCUUAGCUGAGAUGGGAGUCGCCAUCCGAGAAGAUGGAGGCACCCUUGGCGUCUUCUCACCCAAAAAGACCCCUCAUCUGGUGAACCUGAACGAGGACCCCCUGAUGUCAGAGUGCCUGCUUUAUUACAUCAAGGACGGCAUAACCAGGGUGGGCCAGGCGGAUGCCGAGCGGCGCCAAGACAUCGUCCUGAGCGGAGCUCACAUCAAAGAGGAGCACUGCGUUUUCCGCAGCGAGAGGAACCCCAACGGCAGUGUGAUUGUUAGCCUGGAGCCGUGCGAAUGCUCAGAGACCUACGUCAACGGCAAGAGGGUGGUGCAGCCAGUCCAGCUGCGUUCAGGAAAUCGCAUUAUUAUGGGCAAAAACCACGUCUUCCGCUUCAACCAUCCUGAGCAGGCCAGGGCUGAAAGAGAGAAGACGCCGUCGGCUGAGACUCCCUCCGAGCCUGUGGACUGGACUUUUGCCCAGAGAGAAUUGCUGGAGAAGCAGGGAAUCGAUAUGAAGCAGGAGAUGGAGAAAAGACUUCAAGAGAUGGAGAUUCUGUACAAGAAGGAGAAGGAAGAAGCAGAUCUUUUACUGGAGCAGCAGAGGCUGGACUACGAAAGCAAGCUCCAGGCCUUGCAGAAGCAGGUGGAGACCCGCUCCUUGGCUGCCGAGACGACGGAGGAAGAGGAGGAAGAAGAGGAAGAGGAGGUGCCUUGGACUCAGCACGAGUACGACCUUGCCCAGUGGGCUUUCCGCAAAUGGAAGUUCCACCAGUUCACCUCUUUACGAGAUCAGCUGUGGGGCAACGCAGUCUAUCUGAAGGAAGGCAACGCCAUCAGCGUGGAGCUGAAAAAGAAGGUCCAAUUCCAGUUCGUUCUGCUGACCGACACGCUCUAUUCCCCCUUACCUCCGGAGCUGCUGCCCGCUGACUCAGACAAGCCCCGCAGCCAGUGCCCCUUCCCUCGCACGGUGGUGGCAGUAGAGGUCCAAGAUCUAAAGAACGGCGCUACUCACUACUGGUCUCUGGAUAAACUCAGGCAGAGGCUGGAGCAGAUGAGAGAAAUGUACGACCGAGCCGGAGAGAUGGCCUCCGACGCCCAGGAAGACAACGAGGGCACCAUGACGGGCAGCGACCCUUUCUACGACCGAUUCCAUUGGUUCAAGCUGGUUGGGAGCUCCCCCAUUUUCCACGGCUGUGUGAAUGAGCGCCUGGCUGACCGCACGCCCUCCCCCACUUUCUCCACCGCCGAUUCCGAUAUCACGGAGCUGGCCGACGAGCAGCAGGACGAGAUGACGGAUUUUGACGACGAGGCCUUUGUGGACGACACGGGCUCUGACGUCGGGACCGAGGAGGGAUUGGACUGCUUCAGUGAUGGGCAGGACCCGUUUUACGACCGGUCCCCUUGGUUCAUUUUGGUGGGAAGGGCGUUCGUCUACUUGAGCAAUCUUCUCUAUCCAGUCCCCCUCAUCCACAGAGUGGCUAUUGUCAGUGAGAAGGGAGAAGUACGCGGAUUCCUGCGUGUGGCAGUCCAAGCUAUAGCUGCCGACGAGGAAGCCCCCGAUUACGGCUCUGGCGUUCGGCAGUCCGGCACCGCCAAGAUCUCAUUUCAUAAUGAGUAUUUUGACAAGAGCAACUUUUCAUCCGUGCCCAUGACCCGUUCUGGAUUGUCCUUGGAAGAAUUGAGGAUCGUCGAGGGAGAAGGGCAGAGCGCGGACGUUAGCACGCCCCCCGAAGAAAUCAACCGGAUGAACGAGUUGGACCUGAAAUCCACCCCGCUGUUGGAUGGCAAGAUGGCCAUGGAAGGGUUUACUGAGGAGAUUGGGGACCACCUGAAACUGGGCAGUGUCUUUACGUUCCGGGUGACGGUGCUCCAGGCCAGCGGGAUCCUCCCAGAAUACGCAGAUAUCUUCUGCCAAUUCAACUUUCUCCACCGGCACGAUGAGGCUUUCUCCACCGAACCUCUGAAAAAUAACGGCCGAGGGGCCCCACUUGGAUUUUAUCAUGUCCAAAAUAUCUCCGUGGAAGUGACCGAAUCCUUUGUCGAAUACAUCAAGACCAAGCCCAUUGUCUUUGAAGUCUUUGGACACUAUCAGCUCCAUUCGCCACAUCUGCAGGGACAGGAACUCAACAGCCCUGCCCAGCCAUCCCGCCGAUAUUUCCCGCCUCCCAUGCCACUCUCCAAGCCAGUCCCGGCCACCAAACUCAACACGAUGAAUAAAGCCAACUUGGGGCAGAGCAUGACCAAAUACGAUCUCCUGGUUUGGUUUGAGAUCAGCGAACUGGAGCCGACGGGAGAGUACAUCCCGGCCAUUGUGGACCACACUGGAGGUCUCCCCUGCCAAGGCACAUUCUUGCUUCACCAGGGAAUACAGCGGAGGAUCACCAUUACCAUCAUCCACGAGAAAGGCAACGAGCUCCACUGGAAAGAUGUGAGAGAACUGGUAGUCGGGCGCAUCCGGAACAAAGCCGAAGUGGACGAAACGGCCGUGGAUGCCGUCCUGUCGCUCAACAUCAUCUCCGCAAAAUACCUGAGGGUUUCUCACAGCUCCAACAGAACUUUCUACCGCUUUGAGGCUGUCUGGGACAGCUCUCUGCACAACUCCCUUCUUUUGAACCGGGUGACCCCCUACGCUGAGAAGAUCUACAUGACCCUCUCGGCUUACCUGGAGCUGGAUCACUGCAUCCAACCGGCCGUCAUCACCAAAGACAUCUGCAUGAUCUUCUACUCUCGGGAUGCCAAGAUUUCGCCCCCCCGCUCACUGCGCAGUCUCUUUGGACGUGGCUACUCGAAGUCCCCAGAUUCCAACCGAGUAACCGGGAUCUACGAGUUGAGCUUGUGCAAAAUGUCGGACACCGGAAGCCCAGGAAUGCAGAGGAGGAGACGGAAAGUCCUGGAUACCUCCGUGGCCUACGUCCGAGGGGAAGAGAACCUGGCAGGGUGGAGACCCCGAGGAGACAGUCUGAUCCUGGAGCACCAGUGGGAACUGGAGAAGCUGGAGCUGCUGCAUGAGGUGGAGAAGACGCGUCACUUCCUGCUGCUUCGCGAGAAGAUCAGCGACGGCCUGCCCAAGUCCCUGAGUGACUCGCUCUCCCCCAGCCUGAGCAGCAGCACCCUCAGUACCUCUACUAGUAUCUCCUCGCAGAUCUCCUCCGCUACCUUUGAGAGCGCCAUCACCCCCAGCGAGAGCAGCGGCUACGACUCGGCCGACAUCGAGAGUCUGGUGGAGCGGGAGAAGGAGCUAGCUACCAAGUGCCUUCAGCUUCUUACUCAUUCUUUCAACCGCGAAUUUAACCAGGUCUACAACAGCAUCAGCGAUUGUAAGCUGUCCGACAUCUCUCCGAUCGGGCGGGAUUCUUCGGUCUCCAGCUUCAGCAGCUCCACCCUCACCCCGUCCACCACCUGCCCCUCGCUGUCCGACUCGAGGUACAACUCGGUGGAUCAGAAAACUCCCGAAGCAAAUUCUCGGGCCUCUAGCCCUGGACUGGAGGCAGAGCCGUUCCAGUUGACACCCCCUGCUGAAGUUUCUUAUUUGGCGAGAGCCGGGAAAAAUGAGUUUUUGAACCUCGUUCCGGAUAUUGAGGAAAUCCGGCCUGGAUCCGUGGUCUCCAAGAAAGGCUACCUUCACUUCAAGGAGCCGCUCUCCCCUUCGUGGGCCAAGCAUUUUGUGGUGGUGCGCCGCCCGUACGUCUUCAUCUACAAUAGCGACAAGGACCCGGUGGAGAGGGGGAUCAUCAACCUCUCCACGGCUCAGGUGGAGUACAGCGAGGAUCAGCAAGCCAUGGUGAAGACACCAAACACCUUUGCCGUCUGCACCAGACACCGCGGCGUCCUCCUUCAAGCGCUCAAUGACAAAGACAUGAGCGACUGGCUGUACGCCUUCAACCCCCUCCUUGCUGGCACGAUACGGUCCAAACUCGCCCGAAGACUCUCCGGACAGCUGAAGUACUGAGUCCCUGGGGAAUUCUCACGCAGUUUUUAUUUUCUCCCAAAUCCACCUUCGGCUAGAGAUAAAAACCCUCCCUUCUCAUUUUCUCUG